UUCAGAUCUGGGGUACCAGCAUUAUGUGAAAACUGUCAAACCUAAAUGACAAUAUCAUAGUCAAAUAUUGUCUUUUACAAUUUUUUUCCCUGAAUCCUUUUUUUGUUUGGAUUUUGUUUUUUUGUUGUCUCGCGCUUUCUGUUUUGUCGCAUUUUCGAAUCCUCGACGGAAAAAAUGUGCACGAACGUGAAGUCGUCGGUUAUGGAUCCGCAACAAAAACUGUCCACGGACGGGACUCCGGACGCUUCCGGAAAAAAAAUCGAAAUCGAUUUCAGCGAUACCAGACGCACCAGUUUCCUGCCUACCAAGUUGGCCGAAGAAGAAGCUGUACGAGACUCCAGUGUGAAAUUUUUCACGGCACCUGAAUUUAUCGAUGAAGACGACGUAUUUCUUGUAUUAACUGAUGAAGAAGCUGUAAACAUGCCGUCAAAAAAGUUUUGCACCGGGAGCAAAUACUUGGGACAGUGGAAUCGACUAGGAAUUGCAGGAAAAGGCAUUUACCGAUAUCCCCAUGGAGUAAUCUAUAAUGGAUACUUCAAUAGGAAGGGUGAGUUUCACGGUAGCGGAAUUCUUACUUACCCAAACGGCCAAAGGAUUGAAGGCAUUUGGAAGAAUGGCAGAAUUGGAGAAGAUUGUACUUUUGUUACUGGAGCCGGAGUACCGAUGAACAAAAACUACUGUCUAAUGCCUGACAGAAGGUACCAGGUCGAAAUCGAAAACGGCAUGGCACCAGCCACUCAAGAGUACCUCACCGACGAAAAUCCGCCGGCGAGAGCGGUACCGUUUGAGUGCUAUGACUUGGUUGAAGGGUACUUCGAUCCGCAUUUCAAGACGGUGUACAAUUAUCCAAAGGGUCCAAAGGUUGGACCUGUGCUCAGUCAAGCUUCAUUGAAUAAAAGAUUAAAAUCUUCUAGUAAACGGAUUGUUACUAGUAAAGAAUCACUCAUGGCUCAGAUGCUAGCUAGUCAACAAACAUUGGACAGAUGCAAGAUGGGUAACGAAGGUAUCCUGGAACCGAGAAAAAUAUCCUGGAUCCCGUCGGCGAUCCAAGAAAACUGGAUCGUGAGAAACUGUAGAAAAGGCUGGGACGAGCCUACCGGGUACAGACCGGACUUGUACGAAGAAUGGACGAAGGGCGGUGACGAAUUUGCUGCGAAUAUGAUGCGAGAAUCUUCCAGCGAGUUCGUAUCGGCUCUGGAAAGUUUACAGUUGGACAAGAAGAAAAGCGAGAAUACAAAGAAGAACUUGCUGACCUUUAUUAGAAAUAGGAAAUUGGAAAGGGAGCAGCGAUCGGCGGAAGUUUUAAUGCACAUUAUUUCAAUUACAACGGAUUCUCCGAAUCAUUUUCGCAACAAACCAAAAUAUUUUAGGAAAUAGAAGGGGUUAAAGUGUAUCUAUUUUUUAUAAUAAAUUAUAUUUAAUAUUCGUA